AUAUUAUAGCUAAUUCUUGUUUACUUAUAAAUCCGCGAAUUUUGUGGUAGUUUUAAUAAUUUGAAACAUGAGCAACAAAUUGAUUAUUUGCCACGCAUGUCUGAGCACAGAGCGGACACUGUUCCCCAUUAAAAAAUUACAAGAUUUACUAACAAAUGUGGACUUGUUUGACUUGAAGCUGAGUAAUGAAGGGGGCGUAUGCUGGGAAUGUAAAAGAAAUUUCUUGAAGUUUUCGAGGUUCAAAAGACAAAUUGAAUUAGCUCAAGAAUCUUUACAGCAAGUGGAAAAGCUCCAGGGCCUGCAAUGCCUGAGUACAUUAUUAUGUACGGUUUCUACUACCCCCAGUUAUUCUAUAUCAUAUGUUCAACCAGCCAACAUCGAAACCAGAGACAACCAACCUAAAAUAAAACAAGAAGUUGAUGAUGCAAACAACAUUUCAGAUCAUAAUGAUGAUGUGCAAAAUUUACUUGAAUCUGAUGUUGAAAUAGACAUUAAAAAAGAAGUUAAUCCGACAGAACACACACAAGACAAAGAAACAAAGAAAGGGAGAAAAAAAUUUAAAGAAUAUAUACAAGGGACAGAAAUAAGGAAAGAAAGAAAAAUAAUUAAAAAGAAAGUUAAAAACCUACCAACUAAUAAAAAUAAAGUUAAAAAACCACCAAUUGUAAAGAAGAAAAAGAAAAUAGUAGCAGAUGAUAAAGUGGAUUUUGAUGAUAUUAAGGAUAAGUUCAUAGAAAUAGAGUUCACAGAAGAGGAGAUGGUAAAAUGCAGAGAAGAGAAGAGAAGUCACCCGAACUUUAAGAAACUACCAUACAAUUGCUACACAUGUGUGCUAGGGUUUACAAAAAAGGAGAAUCAUGAAAUGCAUAUGGAAAAAAAACACAAUGCGAGUAUCGGUCAUCACAUCUGCCCAGUAUGCCAAGUGCGCUUCGCCAGCAGUGCAACUUUAACCAAACACGUUCGGAAGCAUUACCACUGCUACCGCUGCAAACUUUGCUCGUAUGAGACCACAGAGCUCUGGUCAGCGCUCAGCCACAGUCAGGGCAAGCACAGCGGGGACGAGGAGGGCAGUAUACAUUGCAAGAAGUGUAGCUAUGUUGCCAAGUGUCGCGAGGAUUUGGAGGCUCACACGAACUCCCAACAUUAUCUCGUUUGCAAAGAGUGCGGUGAGAAGUUCAAAGGGUCCCACACGCUCAAAACGCAUAAACGCCGUAUCCACGCCUCCGUCCGCGAGCACGCAUGCGACACGUGCUCGCGCACGUUCCGGUCGCGCGGGCGGCUCGAGGCGCACGCCGCCGCGCACGGGCCCGCCGCCGCCGCGCGCCUCGCCUACUGCGCCGUGUGCCACGUGCAGUACAAGAACGUCUACGUGUAUAGGAACCAUCUGGUGAACAGCGCCAAUCAUAGCGAGAAGAGGUAUCACUGCGAAGAGUGUGGCAAGAAAUUCGCGUCUAAAGUCUACUACAACAGGCACCACACAUUUUAUCACCAGAAAGAGUCUAACCACAAAUGCGAGCUUUGCGACCGGUUGUUCAUAUCCGACUUCCGGCUGCGACACCACCGGCAGAUGCGGCACGGCGCCGAGCGGCUCCGCAACCACGCGUGCGACCAGUGCGGGAAGAAGUUCUAUACGGCGACGACACUGCGUGCGCACCUGCUGACGCACUCGUCCGCGCGCACGUUCAUGUGCGCGCACUGCGGCGACACGUUCAAGCAGCGCCCUGCGCUCUACACGCACACGCGUCUCGUACACCAGGGGCUCAAAAGACACGCUACUUAG